UAUAUAAAGAGCCCCUUUUUGACCGCACUUGCACAUUUUUCAGUGACACUUCUGAACACUCACACACCUCCAUGGACUAAAUUGUAUAGAAGACCCCAAAACAACCAUUGUACUACAUAUGAGCGGACUAUGCAUUCAUCAGACAGAUAAUUUGUUCACUUUAAAUCAAAACGGAUCGCGCCGAGACACACUGGAACGUACUUUUUUGAAAAUUUAUUGCAAAAUCUCCUGCUGCAAAAAAGCAACUUCGGCGUGAUCGUUUUGGAUUAGAUGCAUGUCACUGAUCCCCUGCCUUUUGUAGGAUAAGGCAAGGAGCGGCGCACAACCGAGGGAUAACGGGAUAAAGCGAGUGAAAAGACAAGAGAAAGAAAGAAAAAGUUGCAUUGCCUGGUGUUCACGCAUCGUCAUGCCGAGGUACAACUUCUUACUGUGCUUGAUGGUGCUCAUCUCCCUGGGACAGUCGGGGAGCGAUGAGCCCAAUCUGCUCCUGCCUUCUGCCAGCGAGACGCCCACGGAUGCCGGGCUGUCCAUGCUGGACGAGGACGCCGGUUCCCACGAGUGCUCCGCCUGUGUUUGGAGGGAGCAGAGCAAAGUGCUAAGACUGGAGACCAUCAAGUCCCAGAUCCUUAGCAAGCUGCGCCUGAAGCAGGCGCCCAACAUCAGCCGGGAGGUGGUCAAUCAGCUGCUGCCCAAGGCUCCUCCGCUCCAGCAGCUGCUGGACCAUCACGACUUCCAGGGAGACGCGUCGUCCCAGGAUGAGUUUAUGGAGGAGGAUGAGUACCACGCCACCACGGAGUCCGUGAUCACCAUGGCCUCUGAGCCGGAGCCCCUGGUGCAGGUGAAUGGGAAGCCGAGCUGCUGCUUCUUCAAGUUCAGCCCCAAACUGAUGUUCACUAAGGUGCUGAAGGCCCAGCUCUGGGUGUACCUGCGACCGCUGCAGCAGACCUCCACCGUCUACCUGCAAAUCCUCCGACUGAAGCCCGUCACGGAGCAGGGCAGCCGCCACAUCCGCAUCCGCUCCCUGAAGAUAGAGCUCAACUCCAGGGUCGGCCACUGGCAAAGUAUUGACUUUAAGCACGUGUUGCAGAACUGGUUCAAACAGCCGCACACCAAUUGGGGAAUCGACAUCAACGCCUUUGAUGAGAGCGGCAAUGACCUGGCAGUUACCUCGCUGCGACCCGGGGAGGAGGGGCUGCAGCCGUUCCUGGAAGUGAAGGUUCUCGAGACGACCAAACGUUCUCGGAGAAACCUCGGCCUGGACUGCGACGAGCACUCCACCGAGUCUCGCUGCUGUCGCUACCCUCUGACUGUGGAUUUCGAGGCGUUCGGCUGGGACUGGAUCAUUGCCCCCAAACGUUACAAAGCCAACUACUGCUCCGGACAGUGCGAGUACAUGUUCAUGCAGAAAUACCCGCACACCCACCUGGUGCAGCACGCCAACCCCCGAGGCUCCGCAGGGCCCUGCUGUACUCCGACCAAGAUGUCCCCCAUUAACAUGCUCUACUUCAAUGACAAGCAGCAGAUCAUUCAUGGCAAAAUCCCAGGGAUGGUGGUGGAUAGAUGUGGCUGUUCUUAGGCUAGAGGGGAGAUGCACACUUGUGUACAGCCACCAUCGCAUCAAACCAUCCAAAACCCUUACGGAGCUCUCCCCUGGCACCAGAACCCACUCCUCGGCACCAGAUUUCACUUUUUGCUCAGACACAAAAUCAUCCCACUGGGUUUCAUCCAGUAAUUAAAUUGAUUCUAACUGUAAAAAAAAUGUUUAAAUGAAACAUGAAUCAAAAAAAAAGGACUGAGUGAUGGAAAUACAGUACAUUAUGAAUGAUUUAAAGAGGCUGUCCUUGUGGAGCAGCUUCAGAAAACGGUAAAUGAGACAAAACUAUGUUAUAGAGUACAUGUUAGUUUUGUGGGUUUUUAAAGAUUUUGUUUUUUAAAUGGCAUCUUUGUGAAAUGUCCAGGUUAGUGGAUUAGAUGACAGGAGACAUAAGCAUUUACAAUAUUUUUAAAGCAAUUUCAAUCCUACGGUGAGUUUGGAAAUACGUAAUUUCACAAAUACACUUACUUAAAGGUGACAUUUGAUCCACAAAAAUGUUUGCAAGGGGGCAUGAUCAGUAUUAUUUUGCAAUCCUUUACUUUAACAAAAGGAACAAAAUCCAUGCUGAUGUGAGGAGGGUUUACCGUUAGAAAUACUCUUGGCAUAUAUCAAAAAUCUUGUUUACAGAUGUUUAGAGAUGUGCUGUAGAGAUGUAAAGUGUUGAGGAGAUCCAAAACCAAACCUAUACCCUCUAUUAAUGUAUAACACCCCAGUGUGACAUUCUCGAGUAUCUACGAAACCUUUCACAGUUACUUUGAUCUUUUUUUUAUUUGUAGUCUUGUAAAACUCGAAAAGGAAAAGGGAGAAAAGAGGUUAUACUAUGUUAACUCUAUCUUUCCAAGCAGAUAAAUAAAGCCAGUAUAGCUAUUUCUGCCAGUCUGCAAAAGUAGAUAAUACAGAUUUAGGUUCCACUUGCACACUAAAAUCUAAAAAAGUACUGUAAUGCAGAUGCACUCUGAAGUCAUUCGGCAGUGCCCGGGAAAGUAGGAGGAGCAGGGUCCUGCAGGAUGACAAGAACACGACAGAUUUCCUUUCUUCUUUACCUAACAAAGGAAAAUACACUUUAACACCUUCGACUUUUGCAUUAAACAGAGAAGCAAAUGCACAGUUUCCUAACUUGAAUAGGCCUGGGACAUGUAAUAACAAACAGAAAACAAAAUCCAUCCCCUGAACACUUGGGGGUGUCAGUAUGCUCAAGUGUUCACCCUGCUGUAACCUGAACGCAUUAUUGAGCUGAAAAUAGCACAAAACAUGAUUACAGUAAUAUCACUAGAAGUUUACACAGUAAUACUUACAGCAGUGUUCACAUCUGUGUUAAAAUAACAGGUAAAUUAAGAAAGAGCUCCAUUGCUCACACAGACCCAUUUCAUUCAGAAUUCUACUUUCCCAAUACUACUUUCAGAAAAAUAAGAAUGCAAAGUGUUUUAACUGCAGUACUGUACUCAGAAAUAAUAGCUUUUAUAAAUCACAACAAACCACAUAACGUGUGCAAAAAAAAUCAAGAGAAUGUAACUCAACCACUGUUUUUAGCUUAGAGAACAUAUUUGAUUGCGUUUUGAAAUGCCCCCAUCCACCUUUCACCACAACUGUAUCGUCAUUAUUAUAAUGGAGAAAAUAUUGUUAGUGCUUGAACAGAGUAGAUUAGUAUGCUUGAAGUCUGUCUUUGUCUCCUGGCUGUCAAAGCAAAGAUAUCCUUUUGUUGUAAACGAAAGCACUAUGCCGUUGGAUAAAGGAAGAGCCUUCUGACAUUAUAUAAAUGAUAUAUGUAUAUAUUAAAAAAAGGGGGUACAAAAUCCUUUUUUGGGGCACUCUACCUUACCAACAAUAAAUUUUGCACUAUGGGACGUUUAUGGCGUGAGGAGGUAAAGUGUUGUUUGUGUUUUACCAAGCACAAGAGAGCUUGUACAGUAUAGGAUUAAAAAAAACUAUUCAAGCUUAUGGUGAUGAACCAUAAACUAGAGAGGUUAUCACUUCUUUUUGAUACCAUCACGCUUUCCUGACUUUUGUCCGAAGCGGGUGCCUGUCCAUACACUCACACACUUCUUCGUCCAAUCUGGAACCUGGACGUACUGUACCAGCGGCCUGAAAGGCCUCCUUGCCUACUUUGGGUGAUAAGUCAUGUGUAUUAUAAGUGUCUGGAUCAAUGAACAUAGAAUGCUUUAACUGGAAAUGGCCCGCCCACCAACUUUAAUCUGUUACCAUGUUAGAGAGACUACGUCCUUUUGACUCAAACAAUGUGUCGACUGUCUUGCGUAGACAUGCUUUUGCCUUUGUGUGUAUUUUAAGUGAAAGCACCCAUGUAAGAAUGGGAGGAGUAUCCAGGGAUUGUUAGCCAAAGUAGAGGAUGACAUGUUGUGUGCUGUAACUUUUGUGAUCGCAGGAAUAUGCUAGAACAUUUCAAAGGGAGGGAAAAAAGCUGGUUUAGGGGCAGUGGUUGGAAAUAAUUCAACUGGUCAAUUGUCUAUUUAUUAAUAUUAAUUACAAUGCAUUUCAAAGUCUGUCUACCUCACUUUAGCCUUCUAAAAAACUUGCUUUUUAAAAAUUGUCAUCCAUUAAUCUGUGCAAACAUUUAACCCAUAAGAACCCUCCCCCCAUCCAAAAAAAAAAAAAACACGUAGAUGAAAACCACAGGGUCCCCUUGCUCUCAGGUUCAGAUUGAGUUGUUGACAAGAGUGACUGAUGGUAGCGGCUCUGGUAAUGUGUGGUCAAAAGAAAUAAUUAGCUGUGCCCACAUGUAUGGCUUGUUAAGAAGUUGCAUUUUGAAUUUUAGUGUUUGAAUACUGGUAUGUGUGAGAGUGUUUUCAUAUAAAUAUAUGAGAGUAAGAAAUCUCUAUGUAAAUACCUACCCAAAUGUUGACAUUUAUGAUGUUUUGGACAGGUUCACCGCUUCUAAUGUUUUUCUCACUUUCCCCCUUCAUUCCUCCGUUAUUUGUGUAGUUUAAAAAAAAAUCACCCCAACUUUGUAGUUUAAUGGUUGUGCAUAUGAAUAACUGUUCAAUUGUUAUUUUUGCCUUUUGUUGUUUAUUUACUGUCAUUUUUCUUUUGUACAAUAAAUCAUUUAUUUAGCUUA